CAUGUCUGUUUAUUAAGCACUGUGAAGUUUAUUGGUUGGCAAAAUAAUUUAUUAUCAUUUAUUUUGUCUUUUAAAUACAUCUGUCUUAGAAUCAUGUAAUAGUUUUUGUUUUUUCCUGAAACAAAAAAAUCGGUUUUAUUAUGAAGCCGAAUCGUGUAUCCUUUUCUUCGGGUGACGUCACUGUAACGGUUCCCAGCAGCAAAUCUGAGCUGAGAGCUGCGCAGCCGCUCUGCGCAUCCGUCAGCUUGGCCGUUGCGGUCCCACGCAGCCAUUUGUCUCAGCGACAAUUUAAAAAAAAUAAUCUCCCGAGCGGCUUCUGUCUGAGUUCAACAUGCAGCCGCGCGGGGGUCGUCGCAUCCGCACCUUAACUUCCGGCUGAAAUCAGCGUUAAUGAAGUGCGAGCUCUAAACUUUCCCCCAAUUCGACGCCUGCGCAGACAAAAGAACCCGUCGCCUGUAUUUCGCCGCGUGCUGCUUUCGUCUAUUCGUCUUCCCUGUCAGCCAUGGAGGGAAAUUUGCGGGGAGGCGACGUCGCAGCCAUGCACGUGAAGACGGAAGACAUGGAUGAAAACCCAUCUGCGCCGGUUGUGGGCAGCCAGGAGCCGCCUGCGUCCUGUGGAGAUGCCGCAUGCAGAGGAGGAGGGGUGGAACAGACUGCAGAGGAGCUGGCUGAGGCGGAGCUGCAGGCCGCCGCUACACCAACCCCCCUGCUGCUGUAUCCAGCGAACACGGAUCGCUUCUUCACCACAUCUGCCGAUGGAAAAACAUACCUGAAGAUCUCUCCAACUGCCAUGAUGCCCUCUGCUUCUGAAAAGACGCUUUCCUCCGGCUCAGACUUUUCCUCCAAAGCUGUCUUGUGCCUCAUAGAGGCUGUUGGCCGCCGCUGGGGCCUCUACGAGACCCGUGAACGCUCGCAGCUCUUUCAGAGCGUCCAGGAGGAGAUGGCCUCUAAGGGACACAUUCUCCCCGUUGAAAAAAUCCGCCGCAAGUGGAACAACCUCAUCGUCACUUACAAGAGGGUUAAAGACCGCAGCCGUGAGACAGGACAUGCUAAGACGUCGUGGGAGUUCUUUGAUCUGAUGGAUGCCACGCUCUCCGACACUAUUGGCACACAGAUUGUCACCAACAAAAGACACAAAGGUGGGAACCACGUUUCAAGUCUGCCCACUCCCAUAACAAAGCUCGCCUCAAAGCCCGGACAGCUUCCUCAGGCAGGGACCAUCAUCCACUCCAACAGUGACUUUGCCACAACUGCUGGCGUGGAGUCUGUUGCUAUGGGACCCAUCACAAGCCAGAUCAUCUCCAGCACUGCUGCUAGCUCCUCUAUGUGUGCAGCGACGGUCAGCCAGAUCAAUUCUCCAGAUCUUAAGCCACUUAUUGUCCUCAAUGGUGACAUAGUUACCAGCAGUGUUCAGCCAGCGGCCAUCGUACCAGCUCCACCUUUUCUUCCCCCGCCUUGUUUCACAGAAGCGACCUCUACUGCCCCUUCGCUUGGCUCAGCUAGCAGCAUAGAACUCACCGCAUCUGGUUGUACAAGUCGCAAAUCCUCAACAUACCCAUCCGGCGUCAUUCCUUUUCGCUUGAAUACGACGCCGCUCCCCCACAGUCAGAGCAUGCUUGGGCUCCCGUCCCUCCCACUCACAUCUACGUCGUCCGUUCCCACCUCGUCUGCAUCGGCCAAUCCGGGAGGUGAAGGGAAGAACCAGAAAGGGAACAAAGAUUCAAGCAAUAUCACCUUGUUCCAAGAGGUCAUGCAGCAACAGGAGGAGCAGGCCUACCUGGACCGGGUGGCCCGGCGCAGGAAUGAAGCCAGAGAGAAGCGGCGCGAGAGGCGGGAGGUGCGGAUGUCGGAGUCCCUGAGCAGAAUAGCCACAGCUUUGGAACUGCUUUCCUCCAAGCAAGACACAGUCAUUGCUCUUCUCCAAAGGCUGGCUGAUCGGAAGUAAAACUAAUAAGACUUUUUGUUUCUAUUCUGAUAAAAACACACCUCAAGUUCUGCUUCUUUUUUAUCAAGAGUUGUCCUUGUGGAAUUGAAAAUUGAAUUAAAAAAUGAACAAAU